AUGGAGAGAGCGGCCGGCCUCGCGGAGCUGAGCUGGAGCUCGGUGGCGUUACCGCUGGAUGUCAUCGUCAGCAAGUUCCGCCUGCCGACCCUGGUGAAGCUGGGGAAAGGGGAGUACGUGGACGGGGUCAGCGACCAAGACGUCAUCCUGAUCCAUUCCUGCCGACAAUGGACGACGGUGACGGCGCACAGCCUGGAGGAGGGGCACUACGUCAUCGGGCCCAAGAUAGAUAUUCCGCUGCAGUAUCCAGGAAAGUUUAAGCUUCUGGACCAGGACCGGGAUGUGCGGGAGCCGGUGCAGUACUUCAGCAGCGUCGAGGAGGUGGCGAGCGUCUUUCCUGACCGCAUCUUUGUGAUGGAAGCGAUCACAUUCAGCGUCAAGGUGGUCUCGGGGGAGUUCAGUGAGGACAGCGAGGCUUACAAUUUCACCCUACAUACAGGGGAUGAAUUAACCCUUAUGGGUCAGGCAGAGAUCCUGUGCGCCAAGACGGUCAAGGAGAAGUCUCGCUUUAACACUAUCCUGAGGAAGCUGGGCAAAACAGGCACCCUGGGCAAACAGGUGAAGGGUAAAAUGCCCUGUCUCAUCUGCAUGAACCACCGCACCAAUGAGAGCUUGAGCCUACCCUUCCAGUGCAAGGGCAGCUUUAGUACCCGCAGCCCCCUGGAGCUACAGAUGCAGGAGGGAGAACACACCAUCCGAAGUAUCAUCGAGAAGGUGCGGCUGCCGGUCAAUGUCGUGGUCCCGACUCGUCCUCCUCGCAACCCGUAUGACCUUCACAUUAUCCGUGAAGGUCACCGCUACAAGCUAGUCAGUAUCAUUUCCAAGACUGUGGUUCUGUGUUGUCUACUCCGUAAGCAGGAGGUGAACCCCUUCCAUUUCCUGCUGCUGACGGACAUGCCUCGAUUCUCCCUUCCUGAGGGUCUUCUCUGUGGAGAUCCUCAUUUUGACAAGCUGGUGAGAGACUGUGCCACUUAUUGCCAAGAGCAAAGGUUUAACCCGGACGAGUAUUCCAAGGCCGUCCGGGAGACCAAGACAGACUUUGCGGAGGAGUGCGCUAGUCCACGCAAAAUCCGUGUCUGCUUGCAAGGCUUCUCAGCUCGCUCCAUCAACUACACCCGAGAGGAGCUCAGUCAAGGUCUACAGCGUCUGUCCUUGUGUGUUUACAGUGGGACCAUUCCGGGGGACACAAGCCCUCAGGAUUGCCGUGAGCUUCCAAACCAAGUAUUGGGGUCUUCUUCAGAUAACUCAGACUUGGACAGAGAGUACAUGACCCCAGAUUGGGUGGAACACGAUUUUAGGACUCAGGAAUCACUAGAGAUCCCGUACGAGGAGCUUUGGACGAACCAGAAUUUUGAGGAUUAUUCAGAGCCAAGCAGCAAACCUGUCGGCUUAGAGAGUGGCAACAAGACUCAACAAGACCUCAUCUGCUUUGCCAUGUCUCCUUCUCCCUUAGAGGGGAAGUCCUGUUCACCUCCUCCUCCAGCCUUAACUGUUCAAGAAGCAAAAAUGGACAUACCGCCACCAGUGCCACCCAAAUCGGAGGCGGUGAGGGAGGAAUGUCGUCUCCUCAAUGCUCCUCCUGUUCCCCCCCGGGGUGGCAGGUUCUUCACUGCAUCUUCCAGCCCACCAGUCCCACCUCGUCUGCAGAAAUCCCAGCUCCCGCAAACGCACUCCCCGAGCCCAGGCCUGUCCUACUACUCUUCGGGGCUCCAUGACAUAUCAGGGAAUCGCAGUGCGAACGCCUCUCCCUCCCCAGACUCCUAUUCAUUAUAUUGCUAUCCUUGUACGUGGGGCGACUGCAAAUCUGGAGAUGCCUCAAAUCGUCAGAUGUCCAGCAGCAUGGCCUCCACGGCUCAGCCCACCCAGACGUCUUGGUCGGAUUCUUGGGCCUAUGCGGACACAGGGCCAAGUGUGGCCAGCGGUCGCUCGACUCCUCUUCUAAGCACAGACACCACUAUUAAGACUUAUUAUAGCUGUCCCCGGCUGAAGCCUCCUCAUACCCCAAAGCGCUUUGCCCCCUUUGGAGCCUUGAAUCCAUUUGCCAACCCGGCCUUUGCUUCCAGCCCCUCAUCUUCCGGGGAAUGGUUAGACCCUCUCGAGCGUCCAAAAUUUUCAUCUUCUUCCGUCUCUGAUGUCCUUGAUCCCUUUGAUGUUAGUAAUAGUCAGAGCACCUCUCCAGAUUCCUCCUCCAUUGGAUCUGAGCUACAUUUGAUGCCAGAAUCAGUCUUCAAAAGCAGUGGAGGAACAUGUCCGGCCCCUCCACCCAGGCCGGCCAAAGGGUUUGAGACUGAGAAUAUUGUAAUCAGGAGCACAACCCCAUUAUCACCCACCAUCGUGAGGGGGGCAGAAGGUGGCAUCACUAGGGUUUACCUCACUCAAGGAGUCAUUGAGGUGCCACCAAUGUCAUCCAGAAGUACCAUGGACACAUCUUCUCCUCACACACCAGGGGUGCUCAGGGGACUAGCGGGAGAUCCUACUACAUGGCACCCGCCUCCCGAUCUAUCAGCUCUGUCCGUAGAGGAGGUCUCCAGGUGCCUCAGGUUCAUCGGCCUUUCGGAAGACGUUGUGACCUUCUUUGUAAGGGAGCGUAUAGACGGGAGCAUCUUCGUACAACUGACUGAGGAGAUCCUUUCCGAUGACUUCAAGCUGACCAAGCUACAAGUGAAGAAGAUUAUGCAAUUCAUAAAAGGUUGGAGGCCAAAGAUCUAA